AUGCUAUCACAGGAGGAAGUGUGCCAGAAGUUAUUGGACUUUGAAUUUUCUGUCCUUAAUGCGCUUGCCACAGAUGUUGAUGACGUGCAGUAUGAGUACAUUCGAGAGCUCACCACGUUGGUAGGUGAGACGCUGUCACAGCAACAAGCGCAGGGCGAAUUGUCUCUGUCGACUCUGCAACUUGGCAUUCGAGUACGCGAGCGGCUUGACCAGUUGCGGUAUGUCCUGCACGAGCAGCGGCACCAGGUGCAGCGUAUCCAGUCGGAUACGAACCUAGAGCUGACCAGCAUAUUACGACGUCAUAUACAUACUGGAUCGUCACCAGUAUACAGAGAGCGCCGCGAUACAACGCUUAACGCUUCGUUCAUGCGUGAUUGGUUCCUUCGAAAUUUGGGACACCCAUUUCCCACCCGCGAAGACAAGCAAGCGAUCCUAGCUGGUAGCAACGCACGUAUCAGAGAUCGUACUACGCGUCUUCGGUACAACCAAGUCGUUUUGUGGUUUAUCAACACGCGGCGACGCUGCGGAUGGACGUCGUUCCUGCGAAAGUAUGCCAAUGGUAACAAAGACACCAUGGCCGAUAUCGCAUGGGCACUUCAGGAAGAGCAAGGGGGGACACAUGAGACGCGUGCAUGGUCUGCGGGCCCCACCAAAGCAGCCACGCCGAAAACUACAGCGCGUUCAGCGAAAGAAGCAAACAUUCUGCCUGCAAAGAAAGGACUCCCAGCCGUGCUGCCUCAUAUUAGCGAGGACACAGCAGUAGCUAUGCGGACGGAGUGGGAGCAGAUGGUAGAGCGUGUCCGCUACGGAAUUAAGGAGCGCAUUGGCGAUUGGAUGGACGAAGUAAUUCGCGAUACGCACAGCAGCGCAUCAGAGGAGCGACGUGGGACACCGAGGAAAUAG